UGCAAAGAGAUACAGCUAAUUAGCCGAGGCCAGAGUCCCUCCCUUUGUCUGCUCCAGGGUUCAUGCUUAAGAAAGCUGCAUAGGAAAGUCUGUGUUUGCAACAAAAUGGGUUCCUGGCCGCUUGUGGUGUUUGGCUUUGUUCUUGCCUGUGUCAGGCUUAGUGACGCUAGAUUCCUGAGUAUGAGCGGGCCGACCUACUUGACAGUUGAGGUGGAAAUGGAGCCAGAAACAGAGGGAGAGCACCCCAGGGAGUCUGUUCAACAUGCUGACAGCCUGCAGGCAGAGCAGAUCCAGCCAGCAGAGCAAACACUCUCCUGGAGGUUUCCUAAGGAUCCAGUGGAUUCAGUGAAAAAAAACCCUGUAAAUUUCUCUUCGAGGCAGCCGGUGACCACCAACCGUGUUGCAGUGAGGUGUGGGGAGAGCAGGAUCCAGGUGGAGGUGAGCCAGCACCUGCUGGGCCAGGGAAGGCUGAUAAAGCCGGAGGAGAUCACCCUCGGUGGUUGUUCAGCUACUGAGAUCGACAACUUGUCUCAUGUGCUCGUCUUUGAAAGUGAGCUGCACGGCUGUGGCAGCACAUUAGUGAUGAGAGAGCAUGACUUCAUUUAUGCUUUUGCACUGGUCUACGAGCCCAAAGUGUUUGGCAGAAGUCCCAUCGUGAGGAGCCAGAGCGCUGUCAUUGGAGUGGAGUGCCACUACCCGAGAUAAACUGAAAGCUCGACCAACCUGCAGAAACCCUCUUGAGUUUACUUUGGGAAAAAAAAAAGUUGUAUGAUUUAAUAGCAAAGCACAAUAAACGUUUUAAUGUCUAAA